AUGUAUCCUGUCGUGAUAGUUGGCGGAGGACCUGUUGGCCUUGUGGCAUCGUGCCUCCUGUCCACUUACGGGGUGCCGCAUGCUGUCUAUGAACGACAUGCCGGUACUUCAGUUCACCCCAAAGCGAUUGGAGUAAAUCAGAGGACAAUGGAAGUAUUCCGUAGGAUUGGGCUGGAAAAAGAACUUUACAAACAUUGCGCACCUUCGCAUGAAGUCGCAACGACAGCCUGGUAUACUUCUCUGGGGCCCCAAUCGCAAAGUCUUUAUAUUAGAAACACGAACGCAGGCGGAAUUCACGAACCGGACUAUCGCCGUGCAAGCCCGACGUCUUAUUGCAUUCUUCCCCAAAUUCGCCUUGAACCUCUCAUUCUUAAGCGGGCUCUAGAGUUGAAUCCGGAUGGCAUUUUUACAAGGACUGAAGUGGUCGCUCUGCAAGAAGAGGCGGAGUUUGUUCAGAUCACUGUCAAAAACCUCGAUUCCAUGGAGAUCACAACUGUGACUACACAGUUCAUAAUUGGUGCUGACGGGGGCAGGACAGUUGGGCCAUCCGCAGGCAUUAAAUACGAAGGCAAAGCCAAUCUGGUAGACAUGGUCACCGCCCACAUUAGAGCGCCAAUCAGUUUAUUCGAAAAGGAGCGCUCAAACCUCAUCACCUGGUUCAUUAAUCCCAAGCUUGGAGGUAGCAUUGGCACAGGUUAUAUGUACUGCAUUGGUCCAUUCCCUGCUCACCCUGACGAUGAAGAAUUCGUGUUCGCCUGUGCGAGGAAACCGGAAGAGCCUACCGUGUUUGAUGAACAUUUCCUGGUGGAGAGGAUCAGGGCAACGCUGGAGAUUCCUGAUAUUCCUAUCAAGGUUCUCAGCCUGAGCCACUGGUAUAUCAAUUCAAUCGUAGCAGAGCGCUAUCAGAGCAAAGUCGGUCGUAUGUUCCUUGUUGGUGAUGCAGCGCAUCGCAUCCCUCCCUGGGGUGCCUUGGGAAUGAAUACUGGCAUCCAAGACGUCUACAAUCUCAUCUGGAAGCUGGUAUUCGCCACCAAGAUCAAGCAGCAUCGGGAUUGCAGCAAGUUGCUUUCCACGUAUGCAUCGGAACGUCACGAAAUUGGUAGGCGGGUGGCCAGAACAAGCCUCCACAACUUUGAGGCUCACGCCGGUCUGAUGGACACCGCCUUAGGCAUCUCUCCAGAAGCGUCAGCUCAGGAAAACCAGGAAGCUAUUGCAAAGUACCUUGACAACACCAAUCCUGAAGGUGAUGGGCAACGCACAGCAGUGGAGAAAGCACAGAGUGUCCUGGAUAUGGAGUUCCGGGCUUUAGGCGCUGAUGUCGGUUGGUUUUAUCCUGCGCCCGAUGUUAAUGGAGAUGCUUACACAGCACACCAUGCCAGCCAGUUUAACAAAGACGGCGAAUUCGACUCAAUAACGUACUAUCCUUCGACGAUUCCUGGGCACCACUUCCCUCAUGCUUGGCUUGAGAGAAGAAAUGUGAUCACCUCGAGCAUUGAUCUAGUUCCCAUGGACCGAUACCUGUUGGUUACCAGCGUAGUUGGACUUUGGGAAGAUGCCCAGAGUGAUUUGUUGAACGUCGAAAUUAUUGACGGUAAAACAUCAUGGCGCGACAUCGAAGGUCGGUGGGCAGAGGUCAGAGGAGUCAACGCGGAUGGAGCGGUUCUCGUUCGCCCAGAUGGUAUCGUAGUAUGGAGAACGCAUUCCAGGACGGACUUAGGAUCCCAGAAUCUUCGAGACUAUAUCUCAAAACUGUUGGAUCAUACGUUAGGCCUGGAGGAAGCAGACACGGUUGACAUAUAG